AUGAACACAACAUGGGCUUUUUCCCAGGCAUCAGUGACUUCCCCCACUUUCCUCAUGAUGGGCAUCCCAGGGCUGGAAGCCCUUCACCAUUGGAUCUCCAUCCCUUUCUGUGCACUGUACUUUGUUGCUCUCUUGGGGAACUGUAUGAUCCUCUUCAUCAUCAAGAAGACUCAAAGUCUUCAUGAACCGAUGUAUUACCUCCUCUCUAUGUUGGCAGUCACUGACCUGGGCUUGGCUUUAUGUACACUGCCUACGACUAUGGGCAUUUUUUGGUUUAAUAUCCGAAGGAUUGGGUUUGAUGCUUGCCUCACUCAGAUGUACUUUAUCCACAUACUGUCCCUGACCGAAUCCUCUGUGCUGCUGGCAAUGGCAUUUGACCGGUUCAUUGCUAUCUCCCAUCCCCUGAGAUACUCAUCAAUAUUGACCAAGACAACUAUUAUAAAAAUAGGGCUGGCAAUUAUAUUGAGAAGUGUGCUUUCCCUCCUUCCAGUACCCUUCUUGCUCAGGAGAUUAACCUAUUGCAAGAAAACUGAGCUUUCUCAUUCAUUUUGCUUCCAUCCUGAUGUCAUGAACCUAGCAUGUGCAGAUAUAAAAGUCAAUGUCUUCUACGGUAUGAUUAUUCUCUUAUCAACGGUGGGAAUGGACUUCAUCUUCAUUGUACUGUCCUACGUCCUAAUCAUUAAAACUGCUAUCAGCCUUGCAACCAAGGAGGAGUGUCUCAAGACUAUGAAUACAUGUGUCUCCCAUAUCUGUGCUGUCCUAAUAUUCUUCAUCCCAAUGAUUGGACUGUCCAUGAUCCAUCGCUUUGGAAAGAACGUCCCUCCCUUGGUUAACACCCUGGUGGCCUAUACCUACCUUAUAAUUCCCCCUGCUCUCAACCCCAUUAUCUACAGCAUAAAAUCCAGCCAUAUCCGGGGGGCUUUGCUCAGAGCACUGCAGAGGAAGAGCUAG